AUGCUGAGUUUGUCUCAAACGGUAUCUCCAUGCUGUAUCCUGCGUACGCUCUGUGAAGCCAGCCAAUCAUCCUCUGACUUUGAUGCGGUCAGCGAAAGAGUGGAUAUCAUUAGUAAGUGUUGAAUACUCCAAAACAACAAAAUUUAUUGCACAAAAAACCUGCAUGUUGCAUUUAACCCUUUGCUUUAUUGAACAGAUAAGCUGGAAGAGGAAUGUGAUACUGAAGCUCAAGAAGAAAGCGGCUGCAGAUAUACAGGUGGAGCCAGUGGAUCAUGGUAAGGUAUUUUAUAUUUACAUGGUAUUUACGCUUUUAAGAGAGCAAAUAGAGUAUAUUAGAAGUAUAUUUCAAACACAAUUCAACAAAACAAUUUCUAAAAGGCUGGAAUCAUAUGAAAAAUGUUCAUUCAAGGGUACAUGGGUUAUUUGGUUAUUAGACAAGCAACUGUUUUGGGAUAAAAUUGACCACUACUGAGCUCCAGUCAAUGGACACCAAGUCAUGAAACAGAUUUAAGCUUUUACAAAGAGGAUCUGAAGGAAUGGUGUGUUGGCCUUUACUUCACAAAAAACAUAAUUGGACAAGAAAAACAAAAUAUAAUAUAAAAAACAUAGAAAUUAACUGAAAGCAAGAAAUUUGCAUAGUUUUAAGGUGACUGCUGUAAACCAAAUGUCAAGUUUCACAGUUAAUCCUAGCAUAAGCUACAGAACCAACACAAUAAUACAGCUAAACUAGCAUAACAUAGUCAGGCUAGUAACCAAACAAACCCUUAUAUUACAACUGUACAAAAACAAAACACUGUUAGAUAAAACAUUGAAAAUGGAGGGGGAGUUAAAUAGGUUAUUGUCUCAAAUGAAUGUCAUAGCAGUAAAAAGUCGACUUACAUCUUCAGUGACCAAGGAUAAAGAUGGAUUAAUGUCCAGUUACAGGAAAGCACGAGUAAUUUGCACUUUCAAAAUAACGUUUCCAGUAAAAGCCUCUAAAUAUGAGUGUCUUUGAAUUCCCCACAGUAAGUCUGAAAGCUUGUCUGAGAUAUACUUUUGUUGUUGUUGUUUGUAAAAUGUGACUUGUCUUUUACAGCGAAGAGUCUGCAUUCUCGGCUCUUCACAACAGUACCUGUGGCACAGGUAAGCCCCCAAUAUACUACCAUAUUACAAACCAAACUUUUGUUUAAUCCAGUGGUAACUUCUCAAAUCUAUAUUUGCCAAAUUCCACCCAUUGACUGUGAUUUCCUCUCGUAAACCAUUUGUGAGGCCACACUGCUGUAGUUAAGAUAGGUUUGCUAAACUCCCCUGUCCUUGUUGAGCAGAUUUCUGCUACCUCUCCAACAAAACAAAACCAGCUUUAUUUUCAGCUGUAAUGCCCAACUAACUGGUUAUUCAGCUUUAAUUUACUUAUAGUCCUUUGAGACCACAAAGGUAACUGUUCAUUCAUUCAUUUGAUUUAUUAAAACUGUUCAAAGGGACUGUGGAGUCCUUUAAAAGAGGCAACUCUGACUGAGGUAAAGAGGUCAAAUCCCAAAUCUGGGCUAACGUACAAUCUCCGAGGGUACAUUUGAAAAAAUAAAAAAGUCUAGUAUUGAAAAUCUCUCCAUGUCUGGUAGAGACCAGACUGAGCUGAUCACCUCGUGGUACCCUGUGUUUUUGUGAUGUCAUUAAGAGCCUUGAGGGCAGCAGAAAAAAAAAAAAACAGGCUGUCAUAUUGUCAAUUUUUAGGCCCAUGUGUGGGAUUUUUUGUGUAGAUUAGUGGCACAAUCUCAGCGUGUCCUCAUUUCUGUUCAGUCAAAUUGGGAAUGGUGGCACAGUUCUACAUAAUACAAUAACAUAAGACAGGUCUCAAAGGUACAGGAGCUUGAAACUGCAAAAGGAUGACAUUUAAUUCUACUUGACAUGAAGCAAAUACAGCAUACUAAAAUUGCUUUGAUUUUGUUUCAGAAACAAACACUUGUGACUGCUCUUCUUAUUGUAGUGGAACUGGUAAGUGUAAAUCAAUCAGAAAAACACCAGAUGUGAAAGGUUCAGACAAGGCUAAUUUCAUGUCUUUCCUUUAUAUCUAGAUGCCUACUACGCUUUCCAAAUUUCCUUUCGAGAUUCCGACUUUACCACUGAAAGCGUCUCAUCUCUGGUAAGUUUGCACGUGCGCACAGAUCUUCAAUAUUAACAUUUUCCAUUUAUCAAGUAUUGUGGUACUAAAUUUUCACCUCAUUAAUCCUAACAGAUUUCAAAGCUAGAGGAAACACCAGACUGCUCUGCGAGUACAGAGUGAGUUUUACCUUUAAGCUCAAACAAAUCAUUUUUUUCAUCCCUUUAUCUUUAACCUAUUCAAAAUAAAUAUCAACCUUUGUGAUAUUCCCUUUCAGUGUUUCAUGCCCAUCACCAAGCAUUGCAAAACAAUACAAGGUAAUCAGAUAGCUUGUGAUUUUGUGACUUUGUUUUUGCAAGACUUAUCCUGAUGUGGUCAAGGCAAUUUAAUAAAAACUGUGAUUUUGCAUAGAUAUGUAUCUUUUAUUGUACGACAUAAAUGACUUUAUUGAUGAGAUUAUAUUGUUUGCAGUGAAUAACCUGGUCUCUGAAAUUAAUACAAACUGAGUUUCUGUCUUUUUGAAUCCCUACUUAUGUUUUUCAAACUCCUGUUAUUAUGAUCACUUAAAAUAAUUGCACUAAAACAAAUUUGCAUUUUCAGGAUUUCAGUCUGAGAUGUGAAAGCACAACACCAAAGUGAGUCCAUGCAUAUGUGAGCCAUUUCUAUGCACUUGCACAUGUGAUGAAUCAAGUCAGUGACUGAAAACUGUGUUUGCUUUCUCUUUACAAUUCUAGCCGUCAAAACUGCAGAGUGGUGUUAAACUUCAUCGAUCCAGUUGAUAUUUGUAAUGUGUCAGAAGCCGUGUCAAAUGUGCUUCAGGCUGAAAAGCGAAUCAUUUUCACAAGACCAGUGACCCGAGCAGGUGUGUAUAAGUUUAUUCACUACAGGUACACAAAUCAUACUCUUAAAAAAUGGGGGUGUGAUAUUUAAAACUUAUUUUGUGUUUUAUUUUCUUAUGUCAUGCAGCAAUUUGUGGAAAUUUAGACGCCAGUCUACAAGAGUUAAAAUUCUCAUGGAAGGAAAUUGACCUAAAACCUGCUGAAUUCUGUCCGAGACGACCGUUUGAAUGGUGAGUUGUUUACCUUCCCUAUCAUCAUCAUCCAAACACUAUACAAUAUAGCAGCUGUUCACUUCUACACAACCCUCAGAGAUCUUUAUUUCUGCUCCUUUUUUUAUAGUGAAAAGGGAGAAACUUUGCUUAUUCUGCUUGACCAGCAGUGUGAUCAGCCGUCUACCACACUGGCACCAAACGUCACAACCAUACAACCAGACACCACCCUGUCAGUAAAUGUAACCACAACGUCAGUGAACACAACAGCCAAUGUCACAGUGUUGCCUGAUACAACUACAGCUCCAUCAACUGGUUUGUUGUCACCCAAGCAUUGUGGAGAGCUUAGUUUCAACAUUUACCCCUUGAAACAUUUACACCAUUAGUAUUUUCUCUUUGUUGUGAACAGCUGAGAGCGCAGCCAACGCACUGCUGGAGCAGACCAAAGAUGUGUCCAACCUGAACUCCAGCCAGAUUAAUCGGCUGGUGUCUCAGCUGGAAAAGCUUCUGUCAGGACCGAACGUCAGCCUGGCGCUGGGAAACACUUCAGUUCAGAUCGUCAGCAAUCUGCAGAGUGCUUCUCCUGAAGUGCUGUCUGAGUCCUCCAACAGGUUUGGCUGUCUUUAUAAGAUACUUACCAACAUCUUGUUGACUUUGAAAGAAAGUAGAUGGCAUACACUGGUAGACAAAAAACAAAACAAUUUUUUAAAUCUUAAUUUGGUUUCAUAAGAACAAUCUGUUUCUUUAUCCAACAGGAUUAUUGGGCUUGUUGACACAGUGGGGUUGAAACUGGUCCUUCAAGACGCAGAGGAGAACCUCCUUUCUCCUGAUGUAGCUCUGUCUGUCCAACCAGCAGAUGGCACUAACUUUCAGGAAACCGUGUUCUCCAUCUUAAACCCCAGUGACGUACAGGUAUGUCAUGAAAACAGUUCAUGGCGUGUUUCUUUUGGAAACAUCUUAGAGGUAAUUCAUCACAGCAUUUGUGGAUGUUUUAGCAAGUGCUAACCUGAAUGAUACAGGUGAUUUUACCAUGGAUUUAGAAGUUCAAAAGUUGAUAGACAGUGUGAGUGAGUUUUUAUCAUAGUCAUUUUUCUCAGUUUUAAAGGUCAUCUGAAUUUCAAUUCACCCCAUCAAAUGUCAGAGAGAAAUUUCUGUCUGUAAGUUUUAUCAAUUUCACAAAAAGGAAAAUGCUAUCCUGACUUUUCAGAUGGCCCAUUGAAAUCGAUCAAUUAGUGAAAAGACCAAAAAAAAUUGAGUAUUAAAUGUUUUUUCUUUCUUAUAUUUAUCAUAUGGAGGCCUGUGAAUUAUAUCUCAAAAUCCAAAAGAGGGGACCUGGCCUUGUUUAUGGGACACAAUAAAAUAAAGUAGUAUUUUUAUCAAUCUGAAAUGCCGCUAACACACUGAUGUGCCCUCCUGUGUAGGAAUUAGUACUUUUGAUGCCCUAAGUAAAAAAGACUUCGUAAGUCUCUCCCACCUUUAUGUAUUUUCAUCCAAAUAAGACUUUGAAUGCAGCGUUUUGUGGACUAGCAUGAACCUAUUAUGGACUGCUGGACAUUUUUCAAACAGCCCUUAAUGAAUCAAAAUCUCUUCACCAUCAUAAAACUUAUUGGCUCAGGUCAUGAGAACAAGCCUGGAGGCACACUAUCAUUUUCCACAGAAUAGACGAUGUCAUGCAACAGCCUGAAAACCUCAGACAUGAUUAAUGCCCAAAGAAAAAAAAAGUGUUGAUGGUGGUUUUGCAUCUGACUGGACCAAGUCCAAGUUCCUGGCGUUUUCCCGCUUUGGCUUACUGAGACAUUUCAGAGGAAUAAUUCCUCUCUGUUGUUGUUUAACCCUAAGUGUUACGAGUAAAACUGACUCUUGUGCAGAGCUGUUGUCUGCCACAAAGUUUAGGCCUACUUCACUGUAGCCCUUAAAGCAUACAAAUUGUGUCCAUCUCAUCUUGUACACGAAUUCGGCUAGAAAUGAGAAAUGCCAAAGAGGUGAACUAGAUCAGAGAGUCUGGCAACCUACUUCCCUUCAUCACAAUGAGAUUAUUUUUUGUAACAUGAUUUCUGAGCGUUCAUCCUGGGAUUAUGCUUGUAUUUGUGCAUGUAGCAACCUGUUGAAGCAAAAAUGAGUUGAGGUAUUUCUGACGGAUAAACAAUAGUCAGUCCUGACAGAUGGAUGUCAGUUCCCUCAUAUAGAUAAAGACACUUUAAUUAUGCGAUGACACAGUGUGGUUGUUUUGCCUGUGUCUCUUUGUUCAUGUCCCAUGUGUGUUGCAGCUCAGCGGGGGUUCCCGACACAGCAGGAGCGUGAGAGCAGACUCCUCCAUCCCUCAGGGUUCCAUCAGGCUGCCGCCGUCCCUUACACAGAACCUCAGCGCCGGGGACCAGCAGCUGGCCUCCAGAGUCCAGUUCAACUUCUUUCAGAGGAGCACAGUUUUCCAGGUCAAUACACUUAAGAAAUAGCCCAUAGGUGCUUAGCCUCUCCUCCGUUUAAAAAUAUGUUAAAAGAAAAGUGACAAACACAUGAUCUGCAGAAGAAUAAUUAUCUUUCUCACCACUGUUAAAUGUUUCAUGACUGCUUUUGUUGUUUAAAUGUUUAUCCAGGAUCAAUCUUUAGGGCAGCGCAGACUUAACAGUGGGAUCCUGGGAGCAAGUGUGGCCAACCUGUCAAUCACAGGCCUGCAGGAUCCUGUUGUCAUUAACCUAAGGAACACAGAGCCCGUUCCUGUGAGUCCAUUUUCAAAAUAUAGAUAUAUUCUGUAAGAUUUUACUGAAAGGCAAAUAAAAAUAUGUAUGAUUUACAAUUCUGAUGUCCUUUCUAAACUACAGGCUAAUUUUGUGGCUACGUGUGUUUUCUGGGACUUCUCAUUGAAUGGUGAGUUUUCCAGCAGAAUCUAUCUGAUCAAGACCAAAUGGAAGGAGAGCAAAAGAGAUGAAAGAUGUGGUGUAUCUGUAUUUUCUUCCAACAGAUGGGUCAGGUGGUUGGAAUGGAAAUGGCUGCACCUUACAAAACAGCACAGAUAGCGAGACAGUUUGUAGCUGCAACCAUUUAACCAGUUUUGCCAUCUUGCUGGUAGGAACAUGAUCUUUCUAGGAUAUGUGAAAAAUCAGAAUAAUGUUCUGUCAUUCAUGCAAACACCUUAUAAUUCUGGUACCUAUGUUUAUUUUUUCCAACAGGACCUCUCCAGGACACCGCUAACCAGCCGUGUUCAGGCCACCAUCCUCACCUUCAUCACUUAUAUCGGCUGUGGGAUCUCUGCCAUCUGCCUGGCCAUCACCCUGCUCACCUAUUUGUCUUUUGGGUGAGUAUAGAUGUUUAUAAGCAUUUACUUCGUCUUAAUAUGGACAAUGUUACAACUUCUAUUGUGAGAAGUGAAAGAAUACCUCCACAGAAGGUUCUGACAUGCAGUUGACACAUUAUUUGGGCUGAUUUUAAGUCUUAUACUGCAACCAGUCACCAGGGGGAGCUCUAGAAGUUCUUGCUUCACUCACAGGAAACUGUUGCACUGGAUAUGUUUCAAUACAGUCUAUGGCCACAAGAAGUCGGAUUUGAUUAGAUUCUUGUCUUCUCAAUGUAUCAAAUGCUGAUUUGUUUGUUAGAAUAACACUAAGGGAGCUGAAGUGAAGAACAGUUCUGUCCAUUUUUUGGACAUUUGUCAACUAGUGGAAUUGAGAAACAUGAAAAUUGUGUUCUUGAUUGUUUUUAUAUUAGAAUAAUGAGAGUGUACAAUCAGAUUAAACAUCAUUUACAUUAUUUUGCCCUAAGUUAGCCAUCAUUUCUUUUUACAGCUCCCUAAUGAAUCUGAUUCGCAUCUCAGAAUUACAAACUUCAAUUCCAGUGAAUCUGGAACACUGUGGAAAACGUGAAUAGAAACAAAAUACAAUGAUUUGCAAAUCCCUUUCAACCUACAUUAGAUUAAAUACACUAAAAACGCAAGAUAUUUAAUGUUAAAGUUGAAUAACUUUAUUGUUUGUUUGCAAAUAUUGUCUAAAAAAGUUGAGACGGGCAACAAAAGACAGGGACAAAAAUGACCUGUUUGGGACAUUCCACAGGUGAACAGGUAAAUUGGAAACAGGUAGGUGUAAUGAGUGGGUAAAAAAGGAGCAUUCCUGAAAGGCUCAGAUGUUCACACAUAAGGAUGGGCUGAGCACCACUUACGAAUGAAAGCAUGAGCAAAUAGUCCAACAGUUCAAGACUGUUUCUCAAUGUAGAGUCCAAAGAAAUCUUUUACACAGCAUCCCCACUUCAUUGGAAUUGAGGUUUGUAGAGUGUGCAAACUUGACAAUAGACUAAACAUGGAUAUAUUUCAUCUACAUGACCCUCAUUAUGAAAAAACUGUUGAUAUUUUGGAUCCUGCAGGAAGCUGCGCAAGGACAUCCCAUCUAAAAUCCUCAUCCAGCUGUGCCUGGCUCUGCUGCUGCUCAACCUGGUCUUCCUCGUUGACGCUUGGCUGGCUCUCUAUCCUGAAGCAGUGGGCCUCUGUAUCUCCACUGCCUGGUUCCUCCACUACUUCCUGCUGGUUGCUUUCACUUGGAUGGGACUGGAGGCUGUCCAUAUGUACUUGGCCCUGGUGAAAGUCUUCAACAGCUACAUAUCACGUUACAUGCUGAAGUUCUCCUUCGUGGGCUGGGGUGUCCCAAUGAUUGUGGUCAUAAUUGUCAUUGCCAUCGACAAGGAUAACUACGGUCUGGUCUCCUAUGGAAGGUUUUCUGAUGGCACGAGUGAUGACUUGUAAGUCUCCUUAUGAACUUAUAUUUGCAUUUUUAGGCGCACAGUAUUCGAUACAAACUAUUUAGUAUUACACAAAUACCAAAGUACAGUAUAAAACAUGUAAGGACCAAGUUUUAAUUGUCUUCCAUUGUUUUCAUCCCAUAGCUGCUGGAUCAAGAAUGACAUAGCCUUCUAUGUGGCAGUGGUGGCCUAUUUCUGUGUCAUCUUCCUCUUCAACCUGGUCAUGUUUGUCGUGGUGUUAGUGCAGCUGUGUCGAAUAAAGAGGCAGAACCCUCAAAAUUCACAUCACCGUACCACAAUGCAAGAUGUGCGCAGCGUGGCGGGGAUCACCCUCCUCCUGGGCCUCACGUGGGGCUUUGCCUUCUUCGCUUGGGGUCCUGUUAACCUGCCAUUCAUGUACCUCUUUGCCAUCUUUAACACCCUGCAAGGUGAGUCAAUUAAUUUAGGACUUGGUGUUCAUGUCGUGGGUCGAUUAAAUUUUUUUUUAAUCAUUUUAGUGCAUUUGAGCUUGUGUUUGAACCCUUGGUUUAAAAAUAUUUUUGAGUAAUGGGUAGAUUCAUUGACAGAUGUUUAAGGGGAAAAUUACAUAAAAUGGUGGUGGCCCAUCAUCACAUGGUAAUGUAAGUCAAGUAGAAACAGUUUAAAACCCAGAGAUUUUACGUUAGUUACAAAAUCCGUGCUGUUAGUAUUGCAUUUACAAAACACGCUGCUAAAAUAUGGCAACAUGGCGAUAUGACCACAAUAUACUCUAAUGGGACAAGAUAUGCCUUCCGACGGGUUGUAAACAUGCCAACACUUAAGUCAGAUUAUCUAAACCACUUGAUUUGGGGAUAAAGCUCAAAGUAAGAGCACAUGGGGGGGACACAUCAGCAGUAAUCUCGCAUUGCAUAACAAAAUGUUUGUGUAAGUACAGUAGGUCGAAGUUGACUUUAAAUUGUGAUGAAUGUUUACAUGGCUGUUUAAGACACUUUAUUUUUACCAGCAUGAGUUACUCCCCUAAACUUAGCGAUGAAAUUCAGCACACUGUGGAGUUACAUGGACAAUGUUGCCCUGUGCCACAUAUAUAACAGCCAAAUAUUCAUAAUCUGAAACUAUAUUUUAACGAGGCAAAACAUUAUGAAUGAAAUCUUGCUUUUUUCUCCUGGUUUGUAGGUUUCUUUAUAUUUGUGUUCUAUUGUGCGCUGAAAGAAAACGUGAGGAGACAGUGGAGGACGUACUUGUGCUGUGGAACUUUGAGACUAGCAGAGAACUCAGGUGAGAGACGUUAACCGCUCCACAACUUUUGCAUUUCAUUCUCUUUAUGGUCUCUUAUUGCCUCUAAUAUUUGCAUGUUCCUUCAACGUACAACUGUCAAAGAUACAUGCUGUCGUAUCAAACUGAAUUACAGACGAGAAGUUUGCAUUUUAACGUUCCUGCUUUUGCAGACUGGAGUCGCACCAUGACACAGAAGACUAUGAAGAAGUCAUCGGUGACCAGACUGACAUCCAAGCGUUCAUCAAAGUUGUCCCAGUCGAAAAACUCAUCCGGCUCCUCCUCUUCCCUUGUCACUGACUCCACAGAGCAUCUUAAUGGCAUCAGUAAGUGAACACAGUCAAUGUACCUGCAUGGGUUUGAGAGUCACAGGCUAACUAAAUUGGGUGACUCUUAAAAAUUAAUACUUAAGAUUUUGAUCAUUCAAUUUGACAAUUUAGUCUACCAUGUAAAAAUAGGAAAAUUUAUGUCAUUACGAUGAAUGUAUAAUUAGAAAUAGGAAGACAUAUCUACGUCAGUUUUCCACUGACUUAAAAAAAUCUUUAAAAUACUGAAGGAUUUUUGUGUUUCAGACGGCCCGUUUGAUGACAGAGCAAUCACCGCUGAUGAGGAGCCCGGCACAGACGUGAUCCUCAACGAGAUCAACAGGCAGUACAGACACGAGCACGCAUCCUGA